AUGAACCGGCUCCUCUACUUUUCGGCGCUUUUCGCGCUGGCCUUCGCCGACGAUUCGGACAAUAGCACCAUCGUUUCCGCGGUGAGCUUUAACCAGAUGGUCCCUUCCUUCUUGAAUAUUCCAUCAGUCGGGUGGGGUCCAAUCAACUCGAAUCAAUCAAUCAAUCAAUCAAUCAGAAUUCCGCUUGCAGACGCCGAUGUGCAUCGAAUAUGCGGAUUGUAUCCACAAAGCGCAGCAGAAGGCUGAGGAAUGUCACAUUUUGGAGAAUAACACCGAGGUACGACGGUCCUACCGAUCAUUCGGGGGGAUACUGUAGAGGGGCUUUCAGACGAUGAGACUUCUCUGGUCUAGAGCAGUUCGUAGGAUAUGUCGGCGGCAUAUGAAAAAGGUUUUCCCCCGUCUUCUUCUUCUUCUUCUUCUUCUUCUUGUUCUCAAUCUUUUGGGUUCCUUACACUCUCAAUACAGAUUUGCGGUGCGGUAACAGAGAGGCUUCCGGAAUGACAGAAUGAGAAUGCAUACCAAAACGGAUCGAGAUUUUUUCAUUUUUACCUGAACAUUUCAGACUACGAAUGGCAAGAAAGGAGUGUGCACUGAGGCCAAGAAGAUCCACCUCGAGAUCCGAUCGAUUCACGACACGGUAACGGACACUUUCAGAUGGAAAACGGUCAACAAUUCAGAUGGCCGACGAAAUCGAGACUUGCGUCAGAAAGAGGGCCGACGGAGUGGCGGGACUCAACGAGAAAAAGAACGAGAGAUGCCAGUCGAUUCUGAAGAAAAACGCGAAGAGGGCUACGAUUGAGCCGCAGAAGAGAAGGUCCAAGAAGGAGAAGAACAGUCUGAAGGCGGCCUCGAAGGUGAGCACUGUCCAGUGGGACUAAAAAACGGAGAUUCAUCACAGGGAUUAGGGACCAAAAAGAUGAAGGUUUCCUUCUGUAAUAAUCAGAGAGACCAGGGAAAAGUUUGUAGCGAAGCGGGUGAUCAUUGACACGUGGACGUACAACAAUCACCGCAUAGUUACACAAACAUUCCCCUUUCAGACGUGCAACAAAGAGGCCCGCCGACUCAAAAGCCAGUGCGCUCGAUUGGCAAAGUGCUGCCCGGCCGUGAGAGUGUUAGUUUCCUUUUUUUGUUGCUUUACUAUCCACUUGAGUGUGAGGGGAACAUUGCUCCUCACGUUCUUUGAUCACUUUUCAAGAGAUGAUUCCAGAUGCCAUCGUGACGAGGACAAGAGCGAGUUGGAGGAGAAGAAGAAGGCGUUGAAGGAGGCGACGAAGGACUGCGCGACGAACGGAAAGAAGGGGAACAAGAAGACGGGAAAGCGGGGAGGAGAGGAUCGGGAACGGGAAGGACGCAAGGCCAAAGGGGACAACAAGAAGGGAAACAUCGGAAAGUCGCUGGAACGGGCCGCCAGCAAGAAGAAGGAGACGCCGAUCGGAGGCAAGAAGUUGGCCGCCGCCCUCGAUGAUAUGCAUUCUUAG